UAUUUAAAGCAGUGCAGUUUGGUGUUCUCUUCAGACUCCUAGGAUUAGCAAACGCAUGGAGAGUUUUACAGGGCAGAGAAUCCCGUAUGGCACUUGGCACCGCAUAUUCUCCCUGCUGGCAUUGAAUGUCUGCUUUGAGUGGUGGGCUACUUCAAUUUGUUAGAAGACAGAGGGGAUUUGCAACCAGGAUAGCAAGGGGGAGGCGAAGGAUGAAAGAAGAUGCUCCCAGAUGCUCCGAUCAGGUGGGCCGCCUCUGAAAUCCCACCAAUAGAAAUAGCCUCUGUGACCACACACUUGGCAAAGAGCUCCCAAGCACGAGGACAGGUCAAAGGCAAUAAAUUUGAAUGCCAGCUCUCCCAUUUGAAUGCCAGCUCUGCCCAGGAAUCUCAGCUUUGACAUGAAUGGAUCACAGGGGCACGAGGGUAGCUUGUCCUCCUUAUCCAGUUUGGUCCAGAGCUAAGACAACACCUUUUGCUGAUUGACGUUGCGUUACUCCUGCUGCUCUGCUGCGCCUCCAUUGGCAACUUGAAAAUUGGAUCUUAACCUCAGCGUUGAGGAAGUGAUAACAGCAGUUGCAUUUACUUCUAAGACUGAACAUUAGUUCUGAGCAACUUACAAGGAAAUUCAGCUGUCGCUUCCAGGAGGCAAGAAAAUUCUAGGAGGCAAGACAGUUAUCACAUUUUGCAAAGGAUUCUUUGAUUUUAAAUAACAGAGUAUGACAUUACUGCUUUUUCUUACCUGAAGUCUUGACUCCUGGAAACUACAUCCAAACAAGACAGUUAGCGAACACUUUAACUAACUGGGAUGCCUGCAUGGCAACAUUGCUGAUGCUUAACAGAAACAGAGGGAUGAGGACUCGCCUUGGCUGCCUGUCUCACAAAUCGGACUCAUGUAGCGAUUUCACAGCCAUCUUGCCAGACAAACCUAACCGGGCUUUGAAAAGAUUAUCAACAGAAGAAGCUACAAGAUGGGCAGACUCUUUUGAUGUCCUCCUUUCCCACAAGUAUGGAGUGGCUGCAUUUCGUGCCUUUUUGAAGACAGAAUUCAGUGAGGAAAACCUAGAAUUCUGGUUGGCCUGCGAGGAGUUCAAAAAGACAAGGUCUACUGCUAAGCUGGCUUCCAAGGCCCAGCGGAUUUUUGAAGAAUUUAUUGAUGUGCAAGCACCACGAGAGGUGAACAUAGACUUCCAGACACGGGAGGUGACAAGACGGAACAUACAAGAACCUUCGUCUUCAUGCUUUGACCAGGCUCAGGGGAAAAUCCACAGCCUUAUGGAAAAAGACUCUUAUCCCAGGUUCCUGAGGUCCAAAAUUUACACAGACCUGCUAUCUCAAACCCAGAGGAGGCUCAGCUAAAGCAGGGCUGGAGUCGGGGAGCUUUACCCCUCCUUAGUAGUCACCAUGAGCUUCCUGCACUGGGCCAAAUCCAUUUCCAUAUGUGAAUGCAAGUUCAUUGGUGUUGCAACAGCAGUAGAAUGAGAGGAGGAAUGGAAGGAAAUGGAGAAACCGGGCUGUGUAUAUGUGUAAAAACAUUUCACAAUGUAAGUCCAAUGGUCUCUUUGUGGUCCUCAUUUGUGUGCACACGAGACAUGUCUUGUUUUUAACCGAAGCACAUGUACACACACAGCAACAAAAUCAUUUGCAGCCGAUGCUCUUUUUUUGGAGUGUAACAUCUGGCCUAUAACAUGCUGAAUUCACCAAUCACAAUGUGAAGCUUGCUGAGAAUGUUACUACAUCAGGCCUGUCUGUAAAUAAUGUGCAAGAGGCAGAGAUCACAGAGCGAGUACCUGUAGGAAGAGGUUGCCCUUGUUAGCAAAGUCCAGAGAUCAUUGGCUGGAAGCUCAAGACAAUGUAGAAAGAACAAUACAGAUUGCAAAUUCUAUCUUUAGCCAGAGUAGUAGCUAAUCUAUAUAAAUAAAAAUGUAAUGUUCGUUUGUGCUAUUCACAGAACUCAAAAAGCACUGGGGCAAUUGGCACCAAAUUUGGACACAAGACACCUAACAACCCAAUGUAUGUCCUUCACUCAAAAAACCUGAUUUUGUCAUUUGGGAGUUGUAGUUGCUGGGAUUUAUAGUUCAUCCACAAUCAAAGAGAAUACUGAACCCCUCCAAUGAUGGAAUUGACCCAAACUUGGCACACAGUUCUCCCAUGACCAACAGAAAAUACUAGAAGGGUUUGGUGGGCAGAGUCCUUUGGUUUUGGAGUUGUAGUUCACCUACAUCCAGAGAUCACUGUGGACUCAAACAAUGAUGGAUCUGGACCAAACUCUACACAAAUACUCAAUAUGCCCAAAUGUGAACACUGGUGGAGUUUGGGGAAAAUAGAGUCUUGACAUUUGGGAGUUGUAGUUGCUGGGAUUUAUAGAUCACCUACAAUCACAGAGCAUUCUGAACCCCACCAAUGAUAAAAUUGAGCCAACCCUCCCACACAGAACCCCCAUGUGGGCCACAGCAAUGUGUGGCCGGGGACGGCUAGUAAUACAUAAAUUAGGGUAUAGGAUAGUGGCAGGCAACAAACAAGUUGUCGGAUAGCAGACGAAAAAAGACAAGUAAGACCAAAGCUUAUAUGUACAUUUGAUUACAAAGAAUGGGAGACCUGACUCAAGGCAUUUUGUUGAGUCAGAUUUAGAUGCAAACAUCAUCAUCAUCAUCAUCAUCAUCAUCAUUUAAUAACUUAUUAAUCGCCCUCCAUCCGAGAAUGCUCUAGGCGAUUUACAGCUAAAUUAUACAGCUAAAACAGUGACACUUCCCUAUCCAAGUCAAGGUACAGAAUAACUAAAGCCAGAUACAUUGUUUUGGCACAUGAAGCAGAAACUCCCCAAAACACCUAAGCAACUAAAUGUCCUUUUGAGACACCAAAAAUGUACUUCCUUAGGCAGAUGCCUCACUCUGUCUGAUAUUAGGGCCAGGCCUUGGUCAACAGCCAGUCUUGGGAUGGAUCCCAACUGAAGUUUGAGGAGAUAAGAAACCUGCAAUCAAUUCCCCUUUGCUUUAUAUCUUUGCAUUCAAAUAUUUUAUUUUCGAUUAAUGCUCAGCAUUAAAUCAAAUGGUAAACAAUAAAUAAAACAUGUUUAGGCAUUAAAAUACAGCUUUUUAAAGCAGAGUUAAGAAACAGUAUUUUAUUUAUUUAUUUAUUUAUUUAUUUAUUUAUUUAUUUAUUUACAGCUUUUAUACUCUGCCCUUCUCACCCCGCAGGGGACUCAGGGCGGAUUACAGUGUACACAUAUAUGGCAAACAUUCAAUGCCAAUUUUUGACAUACAAACAUAUACAGACAUACACAGAGGCUAUUUAAGUUUUUCUGGCUGCCGGGGAGCUGUCGCUUUCAUCGUCCAUCCGCGACGCUGAUGAAGCACUUCCGCAUUCCCCGCAUGCUUCCCCGCUGGAAUGCUUUGCUGGAGUCUUCUUUAUGGCCUCAUAAAUCAGUUAAAUUAGCCUCCCCAUACUUUAAGGUGGUACCUUAUUUUCCUACUUGACAGAUGCAACUGUCUUUCGGGUUGCAAAGGUCGACAACAGGCUACACACAAUUGGUUGGAAACCCACUCCAACCUGGGCCGGCUUCGAAUCAUGACCUUUUGGUCAGAGUGAUCUUAAUGCAGCUGACACUCAGCCAGCUGCACCACAAUCCCGUGUGACAGUUAAAGCAGUAUUAAAUAUUUCUGAGUUUAAAUAACUAUAAAAGCUAAGAUGAAAUAUUAAAACAUUUUCAGACUCUGACAGCAUCUUCUGCCAGCAAGCUAUUGCUGCUGCACAGAAGCUUGCAACUUUGGCAGUAAUUUCAGAAGAUUUUUCCAAUUUCUUUCAUAAAGACCAAGUAGACACUAUUUAUUUAUUUAUUUAUUUAUUUACGGCAUUUAUAUGUCAUAAAGAACAAAAAUAACUUUCUGGCUUUGCGCCAUAUUGUUAUUCCGUUAUUAUACCCAUUACUCCGUAUUUUCAAAUGCUCGCUCAAAUAGCCAUGUCUUAACAUUCUUAGGAGCGAGGAAGCCAAUCUAUUCUCCCUAGGAAGGGCGUUCCAUAGCUAAGGGGCCACCACUGAGAAGGCCCUGUCUCUCGUUCCCGCCAACCGUACUUGUGAUGAUGGCGGGACCAAGAGCACGGCCUCUCCAGAUGAUCUUAAAGUCCUCGCACAAUUUAUCAGGUGAGAAUCUGUUAUUUUAACCUUUAUGAAGGUUAAAAUAACAGAAGGGCUUUCCACAGCCGAGGGGCCACCACUGAGAAGGCCCUGUCUCUCGUCCCUGCGAAAUGUACUUGUGACGAUUUUAACGUCCUAGCUCUUGUUUCUUCCUGUUAUUUUAACCUUUAUGAAG